CUUAUUAGAAGAGCUAGAUCUAGUUUUAUUGAACAUAUACAACGUACGUACAAGAAUCGUCGAAAAUGGGAGAAUUGAAGAGAAUGUCGAUGAUGGUGGCGUUGGUUUUUGUGGUUUUGAUUACUGAACAAGUUUGUGCAACACAACAUAUUGUGGGUGGAAGUGGUGGUUGGGAUGAGUCUACAGAUUAUGAUUCAUGGGCUAAAGGACAGACUUUUAAAGUUGGUGAUACACUUGUAUUUAAAUACACUCCUGGACUACAUAGUGUGGUGGAGGUUGGUAGUGAAAGUGAUUACAAAAAGUGUGACACUAGCAACGCGGCCAACUCGAUGAAUGGGGGUAAUGAUGUUGUGAAGUUAGACAAAGUUGGCUCUCGAUAUUUUGCUUGUGGAACUUCAGGUCAUUGUAGUGCAGGAAUGAAGCUCAAGGUCGACGUUGUUGGCGCAACAGGAUCAUCAUCACCUUCUUCCUCAUCCUCAUCUUCGAAUACUGAUGUGUCUAGUGCUGAUCAAACUCACCUUCAUUGCUUCCCAUUAAUGGCAUCAGUUUCUCUAGCCAUGGUCAUUUUGCCAAUGUUUGUGCUAUAAACGGGCAGGGUUGUCUUUUUGCGUACGGUUGAUAUGUAUGUAGUCUUCACCUAUGUGUGUUUUUCGUGUUACAUACCAAGUAUACUUAUAUUUGCUAUUGGGUUUCCUAAGUUUUGCUUGUAAAUUUGUAAUCUUCAUAUUCUAGGUUUUGAAAUUAAAUAAAUAAAUACUAUGGAGUAUAGGAAUAAUCAAUAUACUGUACGUUGUAAUAAACUCACUUUAACCAAAAUAACAAAUAAAUUUCUUAUAUUA